CUACUCCCCUCUCCCCAAUUCCCAGUUCCGAUCUCCUCUCCAUCGCCCUCUUCCUCUGCAAUGGGAUUCUCCGCCGAUCCCUCGCCUCCCUCUUCCCCUCCCUCGAUCAAGCAGCGCCUCCGCUCCUCGAUCUCCUUCUCCUGCUGCUUCCGCGGCGCCAUCGUCAGCGCCAGUGCCGCCGCCGACGAGGAUCAGCCGGCAUCGCUGGUCCGAUCCUCCGCGGCGUGGAUCCGGUCCAAGGCGCAGGAUCUGAUGGAGAUCGUGGGGCAGUGUCCCGGCCUUGUUCCGGCAAUCGGGAGGCGCCACCAGGCCCACCGCCGCCGCCGCUCCUGCGACUUCCGCUACGACCCGCUCAGCUACUCCCUCAACUUCGACGAGGGCCCCGACGAAGAAGACGCUGUCCUCGCCGGAUCUGGCGAGCGGCCAUUCGGACACCCGAGCUUCUCCUCCCGCCUACCUCCAUCCUCGCCGCCGCGCCCGGCCAUAGAGAUGGCGUGUUAGCGAUCUCAACCGUAUCCGUAGCUGCCGCUUUAAUUUCUGACUUAGGUUCUAUCUGUCUGUACAUGUCUGAGAGUGACCUUGAUGCUCUUCUGCCUCGCUGUUUUAUUUUCUCUGGCAUUUUUGCAGACAAGAAUAAGUUUUUUC